GAGCUACCCGACAAGGAAGUGGAAUACCGUAUUUCUCGGAAUAGGGAUAAUUAAACUACAUAUCCAAACAUAGCCGAACACUCUCCGUGACGUUAUGUUAAACUUGUCCACUUCAUGGAUAUGCCUGGCACUUUGACAGUUGGUGGAGAUGACAGUGAAUAAUGACGGUGACGGAGAAACUUGUAGACUCUGUAGAUACUUUCUGUGCUUCCCCUGGAGGAUGUAGAGCGUGUUUCGUCAUCAUCUUUAUCGCUUGCUUCCUACAUGCUUUGUCCUACGGCAGUAACGCGUGGGCAGAAAUAUCAGAAGGGUCAGUUGAGGCUAGCCAAGGACUGUGGAAUUACUGCAGCACGUUAAUAACUACUCCGGAUUACACAUGUUGUGAAACAGUGCACAACUUUUUAGACCUUCAAGGCCGUAGCAUACCUGCAUGGCUUCAGGCAACCAGGGUUUUUCAAAGUGUUGGCCUUCUCACUUCAAUAGCUUCCUUGGUAUUUUCCAUCCUGUGUACUUGUGUGACACCGACUGUUAAAAAGAGAGGGGUUCAAAUCUCUGCAGCAGUGCUGAAUUUCAUUGCAGCAGGAGGUAUUCUGAUUGGAAUCAGUAUUUACGGAGGUCGAUACCGGUAUGAAUCGUGGAUGAAGAGUUACUUCCCUUCUUGGUCGUUUGCCUUUUCCAUCAUCGCUGGAAUCGGUUAUCUCAUCACCGGUUUUAUUUACAUAUUUGCGCCCUCAGAUUCAAUAUCUGUGCAACCAUAUUCAAACACCCAAGAAGGACAAAAUCAAAAUAUAACUAACAGCCAUACGGCGACAAUGCCAAGAGCUGAGCCGACUGCCCCACCAAUGACUGAUAGCACAUUUAAUCCAGCCUGGUCCCAGCCACAUUAUCCCUCGGGUGGAGUGUGGCACACACAGCAAGCCUUUGGUGGCAGGCCUGAACCCAUACAGAAUACCAGCAAUAAUCCUGGAAAUGAAACAAGUGACGAUACUUGCUGCAUCUGUUUGGAAAAUCGGCCAGAAAUCAUAUUCAUGCCAUGCAGACAUCAAAAGUGUUGUGAAAAUUGUGCAGAAUCUGUUCAACUGUGUCCUAUAUGUCGACACAACAUAGAAGACAGAAUAAAGCCCUACCGAUGACUGCUGUUGUUUGAUAGUGAUGUUUUGUGUGUACACUGUUAGAGCCCUACCGAUGACUGCUGUUGUUUGAUAGUGAUGUUUUGUGUGUACACUGUUAGAGCCCUACCGAUGACUGCUGUUGUUUGAUAGUGAUGUUUUGUGUGUACACUGUUAGAGCCCUACCGAUGACUGCUGUUUGAUAGUGAUGUUUUGUAUGUACACUGUUAGAGCCCUACCGAUGACUGCUGUUGUUUGAUAGUGAUGUUUUGUGUGUACACUGUUAGAGCCCUACCGAUGACUGCUGUUUGAUAGUGAUGUUUUGUAUGUACACUGUUAGAGCCCUACCGAUGACUGCUGUUGUUUGAUAGUGAUGUUUUGUGUGUACACUGUUAGAGCCCUACCGAUGACUGCUGUUGUUUGAUAGUGAUGUUUUGUGUGUACACUGUUAGAGCCCUACCGAUGACUGCUGUUGUUUGAUAGUGAUGUUUUGUGUGUACACUGUUAGAGCCCUACCGAUGACUGCUGUUGUUUGAUAGUGAUGUUUUGUGUGUACACUGUUAGAGCCCUACCGAUGACUGCUGUUGUUUGAUAGUGAUGUUUUGUGUGUACACUGUUAGAGCCCUACCGAUGACUGCUGUUGUUUGAUAGUGAUGUUUUGUGUGUACACUGUUAGAGCCCUACCGAUGACUGCUGUUGUUUGAUAGUGAUGUUUUGUGUGUACACUGUUAGAGCCCUACCGAUGACUGCUGUUGUUUGAUAGUGAUGUUUUGUGUGUACACUGUUAGAGCCCUACCGAUGACUGCUGUUGUUUGAUAGUGAUGUUUUGUGUGUACACUGUUAGAACCCUACCGAUGACUGCUGUUGUUUGAUAGUGAUGUUUUGUGUGUACACUGUUAGAGCCCUACCGAUGACUGCUGCUUGAUAGUGAUGUUUUGUAUGUACACUGUGUUUUAUUUGUUGGAAUUUAAAGUUUUCUAACUAAGGACUGGAGCCUUCUCUAUCUACAGUAUUAUAAAGUAUUACAUGCCUAUCUAUUCUGUUAAUAUUCUACUGAACUUUUAUAUGCAUGUAUUAAUUUCACUUCGUUGACUGUGCACACACUAUCAGUACAUGUGCAUGUAUAAUAUUUUUUCUGUAAUCAUGUCUUUUCAAAAAUGUGCAUUUUGGAAUAUACACUGUACAUACAUGGUUCAUUUAAAUUACAUCUAUGUAUACACACUUUGAAAUAACAAGUAAUUACAAUUCUAUCUAUAGCUGUAUAUUGUUUGUUUCUGAAGAUAUUUAAAGUACGUUAUUUAAUGAGCACCAUAAUUGGUAUUCUAAAACUGUUUUAAAAAUAAAGUUAUAGAUGUACUGAAUGCCGAACUGUAAUUUGAAAAAUGAAAUAUCUCGUAUCUUGUGGAAAAGAAAAACUGAGUGUCAAGGCUUCAGGAAAAAUAAAAAAAAUUGUAAUUCUUUUAUGUGCGUAUCAUAUUAUUGAACAAAUAUAUACAUCAUUUAUAUAUAAUAUUAGGUGUCAAUCAAUUUCUAUUUUUAUGUAAAGGUACAUGUACCAGUACUUGAUAUGGUGAUAUUUGAAAUAUGGUUGAUCACUCUUUUUUGUGCUAUUGUGUAUUUUAUUUUAAGUAUUAUGACACAUAUCAAAGGUAAUUAAAUUGUGGUUGAACUCUAA